GAAGUUCCAGCUUCCCCUAUCACGUGACUUGGUCGAACUGAAAUCAGACGUGGAGUUACACGGACAGUGCAAAAGCACUAGUGUCAACAACCUGCAGUAAAAGCUGGUGUGGUAAUGGUUCUCGUAUUGCCAUUGUGACUUAUGGAAUUAUUUUUGUUAAUUGUCAGAAAUACUGACAUGUAUUUGGUUUUAAACUUGACGGUAUGACAUGUUUUUACCUCACUGAAGAGAAGCCAAAGCUCGUUCAUUAGCUAGAAACGUGAUUUGCUCUGUCAGAAGCAGACCACUAAAACGCCUGAAAGCAUGUCCCCAGUACCCGUCCUACCGCUGGUGAUCAACUGUUUCUUGUCUGUGCUGGGCUGCUUGGCCACAAUGAAACUCAUCCCUGAUUUCAAAGAUCAUUUCAUCUCAGCUGGAUUGCACGGAAUGGACCUAAACAAAACAUCCAAAAAGCAAGUUCCAGAGUCUCAAGGAGUCAUCAGUGGCACAGUCUUCCUCAUUAUCCUUUUCUGUUUCAUCCCAGUGCCUUUCCUUAGCUGCUUUGUUGGAGAUCAGUGCAUGGGCUUCCCACAUAAUGAGUUUGUACAGCUGAUAGGUGCACUUCUGGCCAUCUGUUGCAUGAUCUUCCUCGGCUUUGCUGAUGAUGUGCUGAACCUACGAUGGAGACACAAGCUUCUGCUUCCCAUGUUGGCUUCCCUGCCACUCCUCAUGGUCUAUUUUACCAACUUUGGCAACACAGUCAUUGUGGUGCCCAAGCCCUUCAGAGUCCUGCUUGGGCUACACUUGGAUCUGGGUAUUCUCUACUACGUCUACAUGGGAAUGCUGGCAGUAUUUUGCACAAAUGCCAUCAACAUCCUAGCAGGCAUCAACGGCAUUGAGUCUGGUCAAGCCCUUUUUAUCUCUGGCUCCAUCAUCAUUUUCAACCUGCUAGAGCUCAGUGGAGAUUACCGUGACGACCAUGUUUUCUCCCUCUACUUCAUGAUACCAUUCUUCUUCACCACAUUAGCACUUUUUUACCACAAUUGGUACCCCUCAUCUGUGUUUGUGGGAGAUACUUUCUGCUACUUUGCUGGAAUGACCUUUGCUGUAGUUGGCAUCCUGGGGCACUUCAGCAAAACAAUGCUGUUGUUCUUCAUUCCCCAAGUAGUUAACUUCAUUUACUCCGUACCUCAGCUUUUUCACAUCAUCCCCUGUCCGAGACACCGGCUCCCCAGACUGAAUCAAGACACAGGCAAACUGGGGAUGAGUUAUUCUAAAUUCAAAGGAAAGGACCUUUCUAAAUUAGGGCACCUCAUUCUGAAGGUGGCAGAGUUAUUGAAGCUGCUUGAGGUGCGACGAGUCCAGGAGAAAGAUGAUGAAUUUAUUGAAUGCAACAACAUGACGUUAAUAAAUUUGGUUUUGAAGUUAUUCGGCCCCAUCCAUGAGAGAAAUCUCACAGUCAUCAUGCUCAUCAUACAGGUGAUGGGCAGUGCAGUGGCUUUUGGGAUCCGUUAUCAACUGGUGCGUCUCUUCUACGACGUCUAAACAGCUCUCAAGAACACAGGAGACAGUGCUGCCUGAGAAAAUAUGAUUUUGUUGUGAAGCUUUUUACACAAUCAUGGUUCAUCGACCUUUUAAUAUAUUUAAUGACCUUAGUUACUUUUCCACCUCAAACUAUCUGCAGUAAAGACCCAGUGCAAGGUUUAAAGCUGUCUAAACCAUUUUUUACAUUUACAUAUUAAAGGCUAAAGCCUGAUAUCAACAUCAGAACUGUUUGUUAUUCUUCCACUAUGGGUUUCAGUAAGUGCAGCUUCAUCAUGAUUAUCUUGUAUGUCCCAUCCAUCCAUCCAUUUUCUAAACCGCUUAAUCCCAAACGGGGUCACGGGGGGCUGGAGCCAAUCCCAGCCAGCUGCGGGCGAAAGGCGGGGUACACCCUGGACAGGUCGCCAGUCCAUCGCAGAUCUUGUAUGUCCACCCUGACAAUAUAUUUUUGUACUGGUUUUUUUUUUUUUAAAGGAAAGUACAGUAAGAGGGGAUGACUUUCUGUAUUUGAAGCAGGCAAAAUCAGUAGCUGACUGCUCCUAGAUUGUCACCAUUUGAUAACAGAUUUAUGGGUGUAGAAGUGCUUUAAAAAGACGAGAUAUCUAUAUAGUGAGCUAUUGCUUGAAUGCUGCUGUUGCAGCAAAUAUGGCUUAGGAAAAAUGUCCCCACUCACCCUUAAUUUUGCAUGACUUUGAAUCCAUGCAACAUAGGUGAGUAAAGUGUCCUUUUUUGUUUGUUUUUACAUCUAAACUAUUACACUCUCAAUGGUCACAAUGAAGAGAAGCAGUGAAAAUGAAAAGGAAGUCAUUAUUCAUGGAGUGGGUGUCCAGAUUAUUGUUAUGGUUACUCAAGAUCUAUUAAAGUGAAGAGUAUUCUCACUAAAAUAAAAAUAAAAAACUGAUUAUUUUUUACAGUUCUUGUUAUUACUGGAUAUAAAGCUGUAUUUUUAUGAUCUGCAUUUGCUACCCCGAGGGUUCAGCAAACAUAAAUGUGAAGUGAACUGGCACUGGACUAUGUUGUUUAGGAAUGUAACUACAUGAGAAACUGUUUAUUGUUGAGAUGACCUGGUUCAAAUUAU